CUAAAUGCUAAGGAAAUUAUAUCGUGCUUAGUGCCCGAAAAUAUACACGUGCGAAAAUCUUCUAGGAAUAGACUUGAGGCUUGAGCAAGGCACCAUCGCUUACUAUUGUUUCAAAUAGAAGUUUAGCGCGGCUUGGCAGCGUUACCUUGAUGUAAGCACGCUCGAAGGCAGAGACCUUCGUGGCAAAUGAUCGCAUUUCGUCGGCAAUCAGGCUCGUCGCAUGGAACAUGGAAAUGCUUUGAGUGAAAAGCAGCCAGCGUUUAUAUUUAUGAAACUACAGCUACGUACUCGCAAUGGGAGAUACCGUACACGAUGGCAUUCAUGACGAUUUAACGUGUGAAAUCACGAAGCUCAGUGCGGCCAAGAGCGAAAAAAACACGGUGGUCGAAUAUAGACCAUCGAAUCGACGGGCAUCGCUGAAAAUUGGACUGUUUGUAUCUAUUGGAUUGAACGUAAUCUUCGCGGCGUUAUUUGUCGUAGUAUUUAUUAUGUUAAACAAUGUGAAUUCGAAAUUGUCUCGAGUCGACGAGCUUUUGAGCAGGGACAAAGUUAAAUCAUCCGAAGUAUAUGGAAGGAAUGAUGGACAAAAUGUUCAAGUCACUACUACGCCGUUAGAUAGCGGUUAUAGAGGCACUGCUCGACAGCAGGAACCAUCGAUCGAGACGCCUACUCAAGUCCUAAGGAAAAAUCCGACGCGUACGACAACUGCAACGAAUGUGGAUGUGUGCAAGUGUCGGGGACCGCAAGGAUUACGUGGUGAAAAGGGGACGAAAGGAAGGAGAGGACAGGAAGGAGCUAAAGGUGCGAGUGGUCAAAAGGGUUCAAAAGGUGACACCGGUAACACAGGUCCAGCUGGAAAACUGGGACCGAAAGGCGCACCUGGUCCCCAAGGUUUGGUGGGAGAUCCAGGUAUCCAAGGUCAAAAAGGCGAACCAGGAAAGUGCGAGGCCUGUAAUAUGACCUCGUUAUUUCGAACGGUUAAAAAAGAACGCCCUGUCGCACAUUUAACGGCUUUUAGCGAAUUAAAAGGGAUGCCACAAUACGAACUACUCGAUGUCUGGGCGAAGAAGGGCAGAUAUACGCAAGCGAGUCCAGGAAUGACGACCACUGAUUCGGAGCCUCGUUUCAUUAACGUAACCGAAACGGGAAACUAUUUUAUAUACAGUCAGGUGUACUUCCAGCUUCCAGCGACCGGUUCAAACUUGAAAAAGAAGCUCACUUCGGACGACCUGAGAUACAUGAUACACUUCGUGUUCAAACAAUCCGGUUCGACGCAGUCGUUGCUUCUGAGAGCCGUCAAUUCGAACGGAUUCGAGGGGAAACACUCCGGAUUUUUCACGUCGUUCACGAGUGGCGUUCACCGUUUAAGGAAAGGGGACUCGUUGUACGUUGCCGUCCAGAAGAAACUGGGCAAUCUCAUCAAUACGAACGACGACUCCACUUUUUUCGGAGCAUUUAAGCUAUGAGAGGGUGAUUUUGCGUCGCCUGCGGGCAAUGUAAGUGCGCACAUUCGACCUGGAUGAGAAUUUCCAUCGUAUCUAUGGACAAGUGACAGUCAGACAGGUAAUGGUGAUAGUAAGUACCGCGAGCAUCAAAGGCCUCCGUUUGUACCCUGCCAAGCAGGUUUUUGUCGCCUAACAUAUUGUAGGACGUAGAGUACACCACAAGGUGAUUAAAUACAUAACGCGCAGAUCGCUCUUUCUUUGGCGACGCGUCGCGGAUAGACAAUCGAAAUGCGCGUCGUAUGACAAGCAUAUAGAGCCAGCACGGCAGUAAAUCAGAAGGGUUUGAAUGAUUCUGUUAUUAUUGGGGGCAUGAUUACAUGGGAGCAGUGAAAAAACGUGGGGUGACCUCAUUCCGAUCUACCAAUUUAUGAAUGAUCGUUUUCCAGGGUUGCCCAUCUUCUCGGGGAUCCAUAUUUCUUGGUGUACCCCAACUAAUGCUAGGCUGGUAUAUACAUGUUUUAUCUUUAAACGGUUGAAAAGGUUUCCUCUAAUAUCGGCGUUUCCAUGUAAUCACCUCAAUGAAAUAUAUAAAGCUUGUAGCUUUUGGAGUCAUUUGUCUAUUAACUCGAUUUAUAUCGUUCACUAUGCCCUUGAUUAUAUCAAAGUAUAUACAUUAUAUAUAUUUUUUAUAUUAUAAGCUAACAGAAACUAUAAUUCGUAGUUGUAUAUAAAGGUGCAACGCACGAUGGAUCGAAGAUUACGAGAACCGCAUACGGCUACCCUAGGAUUAUCUUCUGUGGUCGGUUGUGCGAAAGCUUGAUAGCGUUAUCCAUCUGGGGCCGGUUGUAUAAAACUCUUAACUACAUUUUGUGUAGUUGAAUCGUAGUUCAGAUAUACACGACUCUGAUUGGUCAGUUCUGCCACUAACUAUAGUUAAAAGUUAACAGUCUUUUCUAUACAUCCGGCCCCAGAUAGUGGUGUUUUAAUCGCAUUAAGAUGAUUAAAGAUUGAAUAAACCUCGCAUGAUUCUUAAACUGGGAUUCUCUUCAAUAUUUGCUUGCUCCGAAGCUGUAUUUUGCUUUUCCAGCAUUUUUAGAACGGCUGAAAACAAUCCCCAUCCCUGGAUAACGCUAUCUACGUACAACCGGCCCCAGUUAUUUUGGAGAUGAAGUAUGUUUCUGAAUGGUCAACUGGACGCAUUGGCCAAUCAGAAACAUGCUUUGUCCGUCAUAACGCACACUUUGUAUAAAAGUCUAUGUAAUGAAUGAUGCGUUUACUUAAUUCCAGUGUUUAAUUCCGGUCUUUUUUGACUUAACUUGUUGGGCUGUUCAAAGCCUGUUUCAAAGAUCGCGCAUCCCAUUGUUCCGAACUCAUAAACUACAACACACGAGCCAACUCAACUAAUUAUUUAUUGUUUUAAUCCCGUCGGUACAAUAGAGGCGCGACGUUUGAGACAGACCAAACAAGUCAAGCGGGUAUUUUCUGAACAUUUAACGAUAACAUAACAAAAUGUAGCCGUAUGCUCUCGUGACUUCUUCGUUUCCAAAUAUGGACUUCUCGAUGACGUCAUCAACUACAACCAAGAGAUUCUUAGCAAAUGAGGAUUUUAGAGGUAUAAAUAUUUUUCGAACAACAGGUGCAGUUAUAGCACAAAAACUUUAGGGAAAGUGUAUACUUCGAAAAAAAACUUUACUGUGUAUCGUUUCGAUUAUUUGUUCCGAAUUUCACAGUUUCUACACUUAAUGAAAUCGUUCAAGAUACUUUCGGAAAAAGAAACCUCUGCUGCUUGGUUUUUCGACGCCGUAGUUGUAUAUGACGUCUUCGUUUGAACUCGUUUGUGCCUGACCGUAAAAGAUUCUUCAGUUACAGACGUAGCAGUUCUUUAGUUUUCGUUUUCAGAAAACACCGAACGGGCUUUAAAAAUAGUUGCAAACGCAUUCUUCGCGAAUGUUGUUUAUAUUAAACGUUGAAAGUAUUGUUGUUUUGUGUUAAACUAGGUUAGGUUCGUCUCUUUCGUGCAUAUGUACUGUUGCUUAUUAUCUGGUAACCAUGCGUAGAGUUAGUCUUUCAUGCAAAGUUUUCUGGUAAAACUCGGUUUAAUUCUCUGAACAAACUAUUGUAAACAUUUUCCCCAAGUGUGGUGUUAUUCCAAAGAUGAUAAUUACCGUGGCAACGUCUUCACCAUCGGUUUCAGUUAACUCGCGUAUUCACCCCUUCUUGAUUACUGGAUGUAUGUGAAAGCGCAUAAUUAGUAUAUAGCUAGCAUGUUCGGCGAGUAAGAACAGGAAAAUGGUCAAGAUUUUAUCCCAUUAUAGCAAGGAAACUUGUUCGACCUAAAAGCCAACAGGCGCUUCAUCUCUUUGCCAACGCACAAAAACUAUGUCUAAACUCUUUCUUUAUUCUGUGAGGACCGAUGUCCAAAUUCAUAUGUUCUGUAUUAGAGUUGCCUUAGAGAGGUGACUUGCCUAUAGACUUUUUCGGAAAUUACGUCACAUUUUCAUCGUUUUAAAUUUAGAACCACCUUAAAUGAGAUGGAUGUUAAGUUUUACUCUUCCUCAACAAGUGCAUGAAAAAAAAUUUUUCAUUUUGACAUAUAAAUGUUAAAAUAAGCCAUUACGCCUUAGGUCUGGCCUCCAGCCUCGUUUUAGUAUUACGACUUCUUUCCACAUUUAUUUGUCAAAAUAUUGAAGAAGCUUUGCACAUGCAUAGCUUGUGAGAAUAAAAUACGAAGUCUCAUAUAAGGUGGUUCUAAAUUUCAAACGAUAAUGUUUGGACGUAAUUGCCGAAAAGGUUCAUUGUAAGUAGUGAUACGUCGUCUAAAAAUUUGGCCAUUUUCUCGUUCUUAAAGCUCCAGCCAUAGUAUGAUAAUUUUCAUUUUAACGAACUUAUGCCCGAAGUGACGGAAUCCGGGGAUAUCGAUAUCGACGUUGUAGAAAUACCUGUAUGUUAUACAAACUAGAAUUAAAUAUCUGAACCUUUUCAGGGUUCUUAGUUGGAAUUAUAGAGACAGAUUGGCUCGUUGAUUGGCCAGAAUUUGUACACUUGUAAAUAGCAAUAGCGUUUUAUUAGAUUGAGGUUUUAAAACAGGAUUGUUGAUAACCUUUACUUCAUUAAGCUUCCUUGUAUCAAGGUGAACAUUUCUGAACUGAAGAACCUAAUAAAAGUAAUCG